AUGCUCCACCUCCACCUCUGUUGGGACGUCGAGGACCUGUGCUUCGACCUCAUCGACCACCACCCACUUGGCAUCGCGGUCGAGCUCGUGAUCGCCGUGUACUCUUUCGUCGGCAUCGCCGCGACCGCUGACGGCCCGCUGGCACAGAGCCUCGAGACUCUGUGCCAGCGAUGGCGCGUGCCUGAGGAUGUGGCGGGUGCAUCCUUCAUGGCGUUCGGCGGGUCGGCGCCCGAGAUCAUCGUCGCGGCGGUGUCCACGAUGAAGGCCUCCGUGGCGAUGCAAGGCCACCACCGGACGGCGCUCGACGCCGAGGCGCACUCAGCCUAUGCGACGAGCCUCGGCAUCUCCUCUGUGGUUGGCUCCGGCAUGCUCGCCUUCACGCUGAUCCCGGGCCUCUGCGCGCUCGUCGUGCCGCGCACCCUGCGCCUCAAGCGCAGGCCCGUCGUGCGGGACGCCGCCGGCUACCUGCUCUCGCUCGCGCUGCUCCACCGCUGCGUCCUGCGCGGGCACGCCUCGUUUGGCGCGGCGCUGCAGAUGCUGGUGCUGUACGGAGGCUACCUGGCG